AUGGCUGCGAAAUACGACUUUAUCAUCGUGGGUGGAGGCGUUGCCGGCUUAGUAAUUGCCACUCGUCUGUCUGAGAUCCCGGAUGUCCAAAUCCUGGUGCUCGAGGCGGGUGAAGACCAGACGGCGGACCCUCGAGUCAAUAUUCCCGCACUAGGUCCCAGUCUUGUCAAGACGCCCUCUGACUGGCAGUUCCGAACGGUGCCCCAAGAUGGCCUGGGUGGUCGUGAGAUUGCUGUCCCCCAAGGUCGCCUCCUCGGUGGCUCAGGUGCCCUCAACGGCCUCUCCUUUACCAUCACCACGCGGUCCCAUGUCGAGGCGUGGGCCAGCUUGGGCAACCCUGGCUGGGACUGGCCUACGUUCAAUGAAGCCUCCAAGAAGGCUUAUUCCAUUGCCUCUGGUGAGGGAACAGGGCCGCUGAAGCUGUCUCUGCCGGAUAACGUGGAGUCUUUUUGGCCCAAAAUCUGGCAAGAUACUAUCCGCAGUCUGGGCUUCCCGGACUCUUGCGACCCCUUGAGUGGCCAGGGAGUCGGCAGCAGCCUCACGCCGGACACUAUAGAUCCGGAGACAAAGCAGAGAAGUUACGCAGGCAGUGCGUAUCUCCAGUCGGCAAAGUCUAGGUCCAACUUGACUGUUGUGACCGGCGCCCUAGUGGAGAAGAUUGUCUUCAAGUCAGAUGCCGGCGAGAUCGUUGCCGAAGGCGUUCAAUACACCAAGGAUGGCGAAACAACAAGGGCGACAGCGCAGAAAGAAGUUGUGUUGACUGCUGGCACUCUCAACUCACCUCGAAUCCUUGAACUCUCUGGCGUUGGCAAUGGAGAGCUUCUUCGUGAACUCGGCAUCGAAGUCGUUCUUGACAACCCACACGUCGGUGAGAAUCUGCAGAACCACGUCAUGGUCGGCGCAAGUUUUGAGGCACUUCCAGAGCUCGACACUAUGGAUGGCAUCAUCCGUCAGGAGCCCGCUGCUGUUGGAGCUGCGAUGGAGGCAUAUGGUAAGGGCACUGGGCCGUUCUCGCGAAGCGGUACUGUAGCGACAGCACAGCUUCCUUUGCCCGCUGGCGAGGAUGUGACCCAGCUUCUCGACAAGUUGAGCGCCCCCAAAACGAGUGCAACGCCGGCCUUCACAAAGGCCCUCGAGGCAUACGUGCGAUCCGUCCUGACGUCAUCCUCGGAGCCCUCAGGGUACUACCUUACGUUGCCGGGAUUCGCAUUGUUCAGCGGAGACGGAACCAUGGCGCCGCCGCCGCCUGGCGAGGACAAGUACUUCACGAUAGCGCUACUCCUCGCUCAUCCACUGUCACGGGGAUCGAGUCACAUCAGUUCUGCGUCCCUGGAAUCGCCCGCAGUCGCCAUCGACCCCGCCUAUCUAUCGCAUCCAUUCGACGUCGAGGUCCUGGCCAGACACCUGCAGCUCCUGGAAAAGAUCGCCACAAGCGAGCCGCUUCGGAGUCAGCUGAAGCCGGAGGGGAAGCGCAACCCGGCCAAGGCCCUGACGGAUCUCGAGGAAGCCAAGGAGUUCGUACGUAAGACGGCAGUUGGCGCUCAUCACUUCACGGGUACCUGCUCCAUGAUGCCUCGUGAGCUUGGCGGAGUCGUCGAUGAGAAGCUCCGCGUGCAUGGAAUCCGUGGCUUGCGGGUGGCUGAUGCUUCCAUCGUGCCCAUCACGGUGCGUGCCAACCCUCAGGCGACGGUCUAUGGCAUUGCUGAGCGGGCUGCCGAUUUGAUCAAGUCGAGUCUUUAG